AUAAACAAUAUUGAAAGAUAAACAUACUCGUUUCGUUUUUGUAUUGUUUUUGUAUUGUUUUAAUUUUACCAUUUGAUUAUUGUCUUAGUUUUUCAAAUUAGUGCUAAAAUCAAGUCAAAAAUGGAUCUCUCAGAGGAUCAAGACUCGUCUCUUCUUGAUGUGCAACAACAACGUCUUUCAUUUUUAGUGAAAAAAUCAAGAAAACUGGAAGCUCGUUUGGCAGAGCUUCGCUCGGAAGAUCGUCAAAUGGAACUAAAAGAUCUUAGUUUGUCUGAUUGUAGUGAAGACAAUCACAAAGAAGUAAAAGGUUUGAUUGAUCUAGUCAAUCAACUGAAAGCAGAAUACUAUUGCCUUUCUUAUCAGACAAAUGUUUACAAUGGUCUCAUUCCUCCUGGUCUAAUUGACUAUAUGCCUGAUCAGCCUGUGGAAAGCACGUUGGCAAUGGGCGAAUCGUCAGGUAGUUCUAGUCAUAUUACCUCCAAUUCAUCAGGAGCCGAGCAAUCUCAUAUAGCAGAAGAUGCGGAUGUGACACCUGUAAAUACACCAACAUCUAGUCGAGCUUCUGGAGUUAUUCCAGAAACGAGCGAUACUCAAAGCUGGUCUUGCCCUCAUUGUUCUUUUAAAAACCAUCCCGCGAUCGACGUGUGUGAAAUAUGUGAGCACCAACGAUACAAAUUCAAAGAUUCUAAUCCUGUCAACCCUCCAAGGAAAGUUUCAUGGGAUUUUUAUACACCUAGGUGUACACGAUGCUUGAACUCCACUUGUUAUUGUCACUUGCAAUUGAACCAAUGAUUAUUAAUAAAUGCAAGUAAAUAAUUUUACUCAAAA